UGGCGCGUGCUGCGGCUGCGCGAACGUCCCCGCAGCCGGGUAGCGAUGGAAGUCGGGGGGGCAUUUGUGCAGCUAUGGCUUGUUUGCGGAUUGUGGCUGCUGGCCUCAGAGUUAGCGGCGCCUGCCGCCGCACCGUAUCCCCACAGGACAAGGGCCAGGGUCACAGGAGAAUUCUGGCAUGUGACUGACUUGCAUUUGGAUCCGACCUAUCACUUGUCAGCUGAUCCUACCAAAGUUUGCUUUUCAUCAUUGGGUCUUCCAGCAAAGCAUGCAGGACUUUAUGGAGACUAUGCAUGUGAUUCACCAUAUAAUCUUAUUCACUCUGCUUUUAAAUUCAUGAAAGAUGCCGAAGUUCAACCCUCCUUUGUGAUAUGGACUGGUGAUAGUCCUCCCCAUGUACCAGCUGAGAAACUCUCUACAAAGAUCGUGAUUGACAUCCUCCGUAAUAUGACACAGACUAUUCAGAACCACUUUAAAGAUCUACAAGUUUUUCCUGCUCUGGGAAACCAUGACUUUUGGCCACAGGAUCAGCUUCCUGUUAAUAUGAGUGAAGUUUAUUGUGCUGCAGCUGACAUGUGGAAACAGUGGUUGACACCUGAAUCACGUAGUACCCUGCAAAAAGGUGGUUUCUACACCCAGGUCCUUAAUGUUAAUGCUACUCAGCAUAAGCAAACACUCCGGAUAAUCAGCCUGAAUACAAAUUUGUACUACGGUCCAAAUAAAGUGACAGAGAAAUUGCCAGAUCCUGCAGGGCAGUUUGAGUGGUUCGAAGUAAUAUUGAAGAGAGCUCAGAAAAAUAAAGAGAAGGUUUAUCUCAUAGGACAUGUUCCUCCAGGCUACUUGCCAGGUUGUCUGAGUACCACUGCAGUGAGGGAGAAGGACAAUGAGAGAUUGGUGCAAAUUCUUCGCAAGUACAGCAAUGUCAUUGUUGGUCAGUUUUAUGGCCACACUCACAAGGAUAGUAUAAUGGUCCUUCUGGAUGAUCAAGGCAAUCCAGUUAACUCUUUGUUUGUGGCACCUGCUGUAACUCCUCAUAAAGGAUUUUUGGAGCAAGUAUCCAACAACCCAGGCUUUCGCCUGUAUAAGUACGACAUACAGGAUUACAGCUUGCUGGAUUUCUGGCAGUAUUACAUGAACCUCACUGAAGCAAAUGAGAAGAAAAAGCCUGACUGGAAGUUGGAAUACAGCAUGACAUCCGCCUAUGGCAUAAAAGAUCUGCAACCACAGUGUUUAUUGGACUUAACUGAUCGGUUCAUAAUGGCACAAAGUGAGAAAUUUCAUAUGUAUUACAACCAUUAUUUGGUCAGUUAUGAUCCAAGUAAGAAAUGUGUUGGCCUUUGUAAGAUGAAACAGAUAUGUGGUAUAAGAUAUUUAGAUAGCACUUCAUACACAAACUGCAUUCUAAAGGGACUAAAAUAAAAAUUUUCUAGAAAUUAGAUUGAUAAAGAUUGUAAAAAUGAACAUUUUAUUUUACAUUUCCUGGCAGGCUAUUACCUUGUUUAUCUUGUACUUUAUUUUGUUGGGUGCAUAUUCUGAUUAAUUUGUAUUGUGGUGGAUGUUCAUGUUAAAAUGUGUUUUUGAGUGAUCUGUUGCUUUUAAUUGUAUGACUGACCUGACAAAUGAAAUUCCUCGUAUGUUGCAAAACAUACUUGGCAAAUAAAGUGUGUUUCUGAUUCAGAUUUUCCCAACAUUCUAUUUUUCUUAUUGUAAUCCAGUGAAUUUCUUUGAUGCAAUUUUAUUUUGUGUACUUUUAUUUUGGAGCUGUAAAUUUCUUUAGGGUGUUGGAGUCGAUAUAUUCCAUAGUUAUCUCAAAUGGGGUUAGGUAAGGGGGAGGUACAGCGAGACCUGGGCGUCCUUGUACAUCGGUCGCUGAAAGUUGUCGUGCAGGUUACAGCAGGCAGUGAAGAAAGCUAAUGGAAUGUUGGUCUUCAUAACAAGAGGAUUUCAGUAUAGGAGUAGAAAGAUUCUUCUGCAGUUGUAUAGGGCUCUGGUAAGACCACAUCAGGAGUAUUGUGUACAGUUUUGGUCUCCUAAUUUGAGGAAGGACAUCCUUGUGAUUGAGGCAGUGCAGCGUAGGUUCACGAGAUUGAUCCCUGGGAUGGUGGGACUGUCAUAUGAGGAAAGAUUGAAAAGACUAGGCUUGUAUUCACUGGAGUUUAGAAGGACGAGGGGGGAUCUUAUAGAAACAUAUAAAAUUAUAAAAGAACUGGACAAACUAGAUGCAGGAAAAUUGUUCCCAAUGUUGUGCGAGUCCAGAACCAGGGGCCACAGUCUUAGAAUAAAGGGGAGGCCAUUUAAGACUGAGGUGAGAAACUUUUUCACCCAGAGUUGUGAAUUUGUGGAAUUCCCUGCCACAGGGCGCAGUGGAGGCCAAAUCACUGGAUGGAUUUAGGAGAGAGUUAGAUGGAGCUCUAGGGGCUAGUGGAAUCAAAGGAUAUGGGGAUACGGGUUAUUGAUUGGGGACGAUCAGCCAUGAUCGCAAUGAAUGGGGGUGCUGGCUCGAAGGGCCGAAUGGCCUCCUCCUGCCCUAAUUUCUAUAAGCUUUUUGCCCCAUUGUGACUCUGCUGGUGUUUAAAGUGUAAUCUAAAUAAUCCCAUUUGAUGUUCAUUCCUAGUUGCAUUGGAAUUUUUUCCAAUUAAAAACAAAUCUGCUUCCAACAUUCUUCCAAGUUCACAAUUAGUUGUGUACUUUUGUAUGAUCUAAAUUAUCUUAAAUUUACAAUGUUUGAUAUCUUCUAAAACACUUCUCAUUAUUCAUUCUGUAAAAACUAUUCUGUGAUUUUUGGACAUAAUCAUCAAAUGUCCCCUUAACCUGCUCUGCCCUUUUAUUUAUAGAGAAAUCCUUUAUUUCUCUGAUCUCUCAAUGCUGAUAAACUCUUGCAUCCCAAUUGUGGUGAAUCUCCUCAGUACCCCAUCUCAAGAGGACUCGACCUAUUCUAAAUGCAAAUUUCAGCUUUCCAUUUCGGGCCCAACCAGAGUUUUAUUGAAUUUUAAUUUUGGUUCCUUGCUGAGGGAAUAUUUAAUUGAGGGGUCGAGAUAGAGUAAAUGGGAAGGAACUGUUUCCCACAACAUGUAUCAUGGGGCAUACAUUUAACAGGAUUGGAUGAGACCACAUUUUAGGAAACAUUUUUCACUGAGUAUGGCAGGAAUUUACUUUAUAUGGGCAGAAACCUGCGUAAUAUUUUGAGUAUUUCAUACUUGAAGGGCUACAGGAUUGGGAUGGUCUUUUUUUCUUGCCAAGCACAUAAUGGCCAAAUUUUGUUAAUUUUCAAUUACUAUUCUUGCCUCUCAAUAAAGGCAAUCAUCUUUAUUUACAUUUAUUUUAACGACCCUUUCAACAUUAUGAAGGAAAUUCUUAUUUAUUGGCAAAGAAAUUAAACGUCGGCCUUUUUUGCUUUUUUACACUUUCGGCUUCCAAAUGAAACUUGUUGGUUCAAACCCCACAUCAAUGUGUGUACUUGAUACAAGAUUAAAUAUUCAAAUGUAAGAGUGCUUCACUGCUGAUGGAAGGUGUCUUGUAACCUAGUGAUUACGCACACUGCAGUUGAUGGUAAAAACACUGCUCGUUGCACAUUGAUAAAUAUCAUUUUAUCUCUGUUUGUAUUCAAUAUAAGACUAUUGUGUGCUAAAUUGGUUUUAAUUUGUUUUACAUUCAAAAUGUACUUGCACAUUUUACAAUUGCUUCCCGAGUGUACAUGGAAAUCAUUGGCUAUAAGAGAGAAUUGUUGAUAGCUUGAGCAUUUCUCAUUGAACUUGUUUCAUUGAUGUUUAAAGUAAGCAGCCACAACUGGUUGUUGAAUGUACAAAUUUUAAAUUGUAUGACUGACCUGGCCAGUGAUUUUUCACUACACCAAUUGGUGUAUGUGACAAUAAAUGAACUUAUGAAAUCCCAAAUUUAAUAU